CACUGCGACGACCAGUGCUAUCCACACUCGCGCUCUGUGGUCUGCUUCACACUAGGUGGACAUCUCAGCAUCUCAGCUCGGAGCGACACCAGAGUAGCCUCGCCGCGUUAGGUCAAGGGAGCCGACCGAUGGCGGUUGUGGCAGCGUUGGAGCCGUGGCGUCGCCAACUCCUUGAUGUGGUGACAGCAGUGCAACCCGAGGGGAAUUUCGCAAUCGCGGGUCGCUGGGAACGACAGAGGGACACAGCGCCGGGACUGCCGGGUCUCGCCGUGCGCGGUGUGGGCCCGGUGUCCCUGCCCCUCUCAGCGGAGCAGCGGGACAAACUAGUCAAGUUGGGGCAGCAGGCUCCCUACGGCAAGGGAGCGCAGACGCUACAAGACCCGGCGGUCCGCAACACGGUACAGAUAGAUGCGAGCUCCCUGAGCUUCGGCCCCGGGUGGGACCGCGUCAUACGGGACAUAAGCGACCGGGCGGCCAAGGGGCUGGGCGUGAGCACGGAAUUCGUGCCCACCACCGCCGCCCAGCCCGGCCACGGACCUGUGUCCGCGCACCUGUACAAGCUGCUGAUCUACCCGGUCGGUGGCCAUUUCCUACCGCACGUUGACACCGAGAAGCUGCCGGGCCACUUCGCGACGCUGCUGAUUUCGCUGCCGGUGGCGGGCGGCCACGACGGCGGCGUCCUGAACGUGUACCACGCCGGCCGCAGCUGGAGCUGGGACACCUCCCGCCGCGGCGUUGACUCCCCCCACGCCGGCGGUGAGGCCCGCGGUGGCAGUGGCAGCGGCGGGGCAGGCGCUGGCGGCGGGUCCAGGAAGCGUGGUCGCGGUGGCGGCGGCGGCGGCGGCGGCAGCGGCAGCGCUGCGGCUGGCCAUGUGGCCCUCAGCCGGAUCCAGGACGAGCCAGAUGGCGAGCUGGAUCUGGCUGUUGAGCCGCUGGAUGUGGACAGCUUGCGGGAGGGCGGCGACGUGGCUGCGAGCAAGUCGCAGCGCCUGGGUUCCGUUUCGGACGGGUUCCGCUUCGCGGCUUUUUUCACGGACUGCGUGCACGAGAUCACGCCGGUCACGGCCGGCAUGCGGGUCAUGCUGGUGUACAACCUGACACGCACCAACGCGCUGCCGCUUCCGCAGCACUUCCCGUCUUCGUCGAUGGCGCCGAUGGCGGCGGCGCCGCCGGUCGCGGCAGCGGCCGGCCGGCGGCAGCAGCGCAGCCGCCAGAGCGCUCCGGGCUCCCCGGGCGGGGCUGCUGCUGGUCAGGCACCGGGCAAGCAGCGGCAGGAGGAGGAGCAGGCGCUAGAGGACGCGCGGCGGCAGGGAGAUGAGGUGUUCAGAUGGGUUUGCGAGCAGGUCUUCGACCACCCACACGCGCCGCCGCCCGUGAACGACCUGCAAGGGCUCGGGGAGCGGGUGCGCGCGAGCGUGCGUGCCUGGGAAGAUGCGCUGCGAGCUCAGCCCGCCGCGCCCGCCGCACCCGCACUGCUGUCACGCGCUCCCGCUGACGCAGCCGGGCCGAGCAGUGGCGGCAGCAUUCAUCUCGGACCUGGGGGGGAGCAGCGGCGGGUGCCGCCGGCGCUGGUGUUGCGGUUGGAGCACCGCUACUCGAACCACGGUCUGGGCUUCACGCAGCUCAAGGGCCGGGAUGCGGCGGUGGCACAGGUGCUGCAGGCAGCGGGCGGGCUCGACCUGUACCUGUGCCUAAUGACUAAGUGGGUCAAGUACACGACGGAUGCGGACGAGGACGGCAGGAUACUCUAUGGCAGGGUUGGCGAGAUGGAGGACGACGAGGAUGAGGGCGAGAGCGAGGCCGCUGAUUCCGAGCAAAUCAUUGACGUUGAGGCCUACGGCGUUUGCACGACUCCACUGCUGGCAGCGGGCGGCGGGCCAAGAAUGGACGUGGGCCAAAUGCAGCCCGGCCUACAAGAGCUGCUGCUGGACGGCGGGAGCGUGUUCAAGCCGCGUGGCGAGGUUGAGGACACGCCGCCCGAUGCGCGUGACGCCUGGUACACCGGCAACGAGGGCGCAGGGCUGGACUACCAGUACCACAGGGCGCUGAUGGUCAUUAGCCCGCGCUCAUGCGAGCUGCAGAUGGCGCGCGCGGCCGGCACGCCGGCGCUGCUUGGUCUGGCGGAGCGAUUGCUGUGGCAGCUGGGGCGGGAGGAGCAGGCGCGGCGGCAGGAGCAGAUCGUACAGGCUGCAGCAGCACAAGCCGCAGGUGCUGCGGGUGGCGCCUCCGCUGCUUCUGCGAGCGGCGAGACAGGCGCUGCUGCUAGCGCGGCAGCGGCAGCAGGCGGCCCAGCGGGCUCAGCGGGCGCGACUGGCGCGAGCGGCGCAAUGCGCACGACACGGACAGCUGCAGCGAGGGGCAGCGGCAAAGCCAAGUCGUGUGCUGAGGCAACCGCGGCACCUGCGGCCGUGGAUGCAGCCGCCGCCGGCCCCUCGGGCGGCGUCAAGCGGGAACCGCAACCUGCGGAGCGGCGCGAGGCUCAGCCACAACAGGCCGCCUCUGCGCCUCCGGCGCUUCCAGCUGCACCGCCCGCCGCCAGCGCAAGCGCCGCCACCACCGUGCAGCUGCAGCACAACUUGCAGCAGGCGCUGCUGCAGGCGGCCCUGGCCCUCUCUGAUUCAGGCCGCGAGGCACAUGGCAGGCGCCAACAACAGCAGCAGCUGCCGGCUUGGUUCUAUGACUGUAGGGGUCGGAACCACUCAACCAGCUUGCGUGCCCGGCAGCGGCGGCGGGCGGAGCGGGCGGCCGUCAUGGCUCGGCUGCUGCAUCUGGCCACCUCCCCGCGCGUGCUGCAGUACCUGUCGCCGCAGGAGGCGGAGCUGGUGGUGGUUCAGGUGCUUCAUGUUAUGGCGACGAUGCCAGGAGACCACGACGUGCGUGGCGGGGAAGAUGACAGCAGCGGAUUGAUUGCGGCCGUGCUCCAGGCCACUGCUGUCGUGUGUGACACGGCGCCGGUGGCAGAGGCGCUGGCGGCGCUGGCGGAGCACCUCGCCAAGUCGCGGCGGCUUGGGGAGGUGGCAGGGAUGGUGGCGGGGCUGGCGUCGCGGCCAGCGGUGUAUGCACGCGUGCGUGCGGUGACGUUGGAGCAGGUGGGGACACUGGCGGCCAUGCGAGACCUGGACUGGGAGGGGCUGGGGAUGCUGGCUGGGCUGCUAUGGCCGGACCGCGGGGGCAACGGCGGCGGCCGCGGUGGCGGCGGCCGCCGCCGGGGAGGUAGGAGGGCCGCUGCAGCGGCGGAGGCAAGCAGCGACGACACAGACGAUGACGACCUCGACGCCAGCGAAGAAGAAGCAUGGGGCGGAGGGGCUGUGGCGGGCGGCCGCAAGCAGCUGCACCGCCGCCAGCAGCGCGACUGCUUUGCCACCGCCGUGCUCGCGCACGUGCAUGCGCACCCGGCCGAGGGCCACGCCCACCUGGAGGAGCUGCUGGGGCGGGCUCCGCUGCAGGCGGCGGCGCGGGGGGGCGACGCGGCUGUGCGGAGGCUGCUGGAGGCCAGGGAGACGGAGCUGAGGCGGCGGACGGCGGGCGGCGCGCCGGCAGAGGGCUGGCGUAUGCCGGAGGCUCACCUCGUUGGAUAUCCGCAGGUGGAGGCCUUCCUGCGCGGCCCCGCACAGAGCGAGACCUUCCACGGCCUGUUCCACGGCCUGCAUGAGGCGCGCGCCUGGGUGCGUCAGCACUUCCCCUACCCCGGCGGCGAGACCGGGGCCUACGCACACCUCUCGCACGCCCGCAACCAGCAGCUCCACCACGACCCUGCUGGCUAUGGUGUCGGCGCCUGGGAGGGCCGCGUGCUGAGGGGGCCGGUCGGAUGGCGACAUGACCUGCCCGCCUACGCCGCACGUGCCGAGGUGGGCGGGAAAGCCAAGGGCGUGUAUGUGGAGGUCACCAAGCUGCCGGAGCUGCAGGAACAGAGGCUGGCAAGAUUCCGGAAGGACAGCGCGGAGCUAAGGAAGGUGGCGGUGCUGCUGUCGGCGGGCGCGGGGGCGGCGGCAGCGGCGGCGGCAAGGCGACGGCGGAGCGGUCGGAGUGGCGGGACGGCCGGCGAAGCUAAGGAGAAGAAAGAGAAUCAGGAGGAGGAGGAAGAGAGGGACGAGGAGGAGGACGAGGAGGAGGAGCAGGAGGAUGGGGACGAGGACCAGGACGAGGACGCCGAGACGACAGCCAGCAAGGACGUGCAGGCAGCAGGAAUGGGGGCAGCAACGGCUGCAGCAGGAACGGCGGCACCGGCAUCAGCGAUGAUGGCAGCGGCGGCAGCGGCACACGAGGACGACAAGCAACAGGUGAUUGUGGACGGCAAUGCGGAAGACAAUGCCAUUGGCGGCGGCAGCGGGCGUGCGAAGGCGGCGGCGCCCCCGCUGCUGCUGGCGCAGGCACCCUUGGCGGCGGCGGUUUCACAGACUGAACGGGUCACGCGCUCUGCAUCGCGAGCUGCGCACGAGGGCCUUAGCACACGGCAGGGCAAGCGGGCCCGCAAGAAGUGAUGGCCAGGGCGCCAGGUCAUGAGUACAAACGGUGUGUGAUGAUGUGUGAGCAGUUGACGUUGACGCCCAGGGAAACACGUCCGUGGUUGCGCCUAGGUGUCUGCGCGCGCCACGAACUCACAAGCCAGGUGUCUAUCAAGCGCUGCGAUGGACCAUUGCCAGUGCCUAGUGAAUGGCAGUUAUGGCACCUUGGCUGAGAACUAGGAAGACAAGUUUGAGACAAGUGAGACCUGUUGUGUACAUGUCACGACCGCUUGUUGAUCCGGCGCCUACCUGGACUGCUGCAGGGUCGCAGGGAACGCUUGUAAUAUACAUAGUUAGGAUAUACAUGAUCGCAAAUGCUUGGUCAGUUUGCAAAGCAUUCUGCAACAUUGAAACCCCAGCGAGGGCCAUUCCGCCUUCAUGUUGAUGAAGUGGGGGCAGACGGGGUUGUCCUGGGUUGUCGAUGCCCGAACCGUGCCGUGUCAACAUUAUACCCCAUCCA